AUGAAAUGUAUUAAAAAAUCUUCAACAAGUUAUAGUAAUGAAAAUGCCGUUAAAGCUUCAUUUGCCUUUUCUUUACUUAUUGGCAAAUCAGGGAAACCUUACACAAUAGUUGAGGAUUUAAUAUUGCCCGCUGCAAAAGCUAUGGUUUCUAAAAUGAUCAGUAAAGGAGCAGCAAAUAACUUAAAUUUAAUUUCGCUAUCAAUAAAAAAACGAAUUGAUAGUUUAUCAGGAAAUAUUAAAGAACAGUUGUUGAGAAGAAUAAACGAAUGUGACUAUUUUAGUCUCCAAUUAGACGAAAGUACUGAUAUAACUAAUAAAUCUAUAUUACUGUGUUAUGUAAGAUACAACUACGAAAAUACCAUUUUCGAAGACAUUUUAUUUGUAAUCUCUGUUAUACAUACAACAGCAGAAGAAAUAUUUACCAAUAUAAAUGAAUUUAUAAUAUUAAAUGAAAUUGAAUGGACAAAAUGUGUAGGAGUUAGUACUGAUGGUGCUUGA